AAAACAGGCUACCGAUCAUCGAGUACGACUGAAAAUUUCAGGACGAUCUCAAGUACAGUGUAAAUAACCAUAAUAAAUCAACAUUAAAAUUCACGUCACAUUUCUAUCGAUGUUCAUUAACUUCUCCAUUCUGCGUGUUGGUUUUCUUGUUGCAUUAUCAACCAGUCGUGUUACAAAUGGUAGUAGUUUCCGUAAUACCGAACGCUAGGUACGUGUGUGAAAAUGUAUUCACUCGCUAGCACGACGGGCUGGUUCUAAAUGGCAGUGCUCGCUUAUCUGCUGCUCAGUGUUGGUGACGACCUAGUCGAGAUCGCAGAGGUGUUCAUCCGUUCCGGUGGUUCUUUUGCGGAAUGUAGAGAAUAUUUGCAGUGCAAAAAACAAGAGCAACUAUUUCGCUAUUAUUUAGCACAAUAUAGCAAGGAGGUACAUAACGAAGCUGUUAAAAUGUCCACUGAAUCGCUGGACAGUUGUGAUUAUGCGUAUCAGGAUUCGCCACAGUCGCCCGGUUCCAUCAGUUUAGAUAAGAGUUCUUCGACGGAAAUUGUAUAUACCCUGGAAAACAUUACGGAAGUCUCUGCCGGUUUAAGUUUUGUGAUAAGUGGGAGUAUACUGCUGACGUGUGAACGAUUUUCGAUCAAUUUUAUGCUCAAAAAUUCUGAUCUAGCACUGCACUUCAAUCCGAGGCUACCCCAAAAUUAUAUUGUGAGAAACUGUCGUAUAAAAGGAGUUUGGGGCAAGGAAGAAGUAGCUUCGCCACUAUCCUUCAAUCUGCACCGAGGCCAAAAAUUUAAGAUUCAAAUUUUGGUGUCGGACAAGGAAUUUUUAAUAUGUGUUAAUGGCCGACAUUUCAAUGCAUUCAAACAUCGACUGCCUUAUAAGAAGAUCUGCGCGCUGGAAGUAAAAGGUGACGUCAAGGAUGUUGCCGUCGAACAAAUAUAUAUCGAAAACUAUCCUGAUAUUGUACUGGAUGAAAUUGCGCAAAUUUCAAGGGAAACUUUCGCACUGGGAGAUAUCUUAGAUUCCAACUACAAAAUAAUGCCUUAUACUGGACGUCUAGCACAGCCCUUUACAAACGGAAAGAAUUUGCACAUUCGAGGACGAAUCAAACUAUUGCCGCAUUCUUUCUAUGUCAAUUUACAAAGUAAUCACUAUUGUUGGCCACAUCCAAACGUACAAUUUCAUUUGAACCCACGAUUUGGCAGCGUUGGUGGCAAGCAUGUGAUUUGUCGAAAUUCUUGGAUCGACGGCAAAUGGGAUCGGGAGGAGCGUUCGGAGAAUCUGACUGAUUUCAUGCCGGGCAAAUUGUUCCAUCUUAAAAUCGCGUGCACCGAUGUCAGUUAUCAAGUUUAUUUGAACGAAAAGUUGAUUGCAGAAUUUGUUUUCAGGGAAGACCCUAAACUGGUUGAGACAAUAUAUAUACAAGGUGAUAUAAAAGUUUUCGAUGUAGUACUAGAGUCUGCCUAUUGAAUAAUAGGCACCUAAUAAACGUUUUGGUGUGUAGCAGAGCAAUAGUUAAGCUUCUGAAACUCGAACAAUAAUAUAAAAUAGGAGCUAUUUACCGUAUGCUAUAUGAAAAUGAAAAGUGUGCUCACAUGUAUUUAGUUAGUGCAAUAAACUUUUCUCGGCAGAAUGUCAAUAAUAUGCUGCACUUGUAUUGAAUGCAGUACAGAAGAUAACAAAGGCAAAUUCUACUGUUUGAGGAAUGUGGUGAUAAAAUAUUACGUAGAAAUACACGUUUAAUCAUGCACAAUAUGUGUUUUAUUUUAUAUUGCUAUCACAGAAAAGCAACCUACCAUAGUUUUGUGAUUCAGGGCUAGUAUAGUUUAGACUGAAAUGAGUAAUUAGUAUCCAUCAUGUAUGCGCCAUGUAUCACAAAAAAAUCAGAUUUUAACUGUGCAAAUACCGGAAUCAAUGUCUAAAUGCGCCUUUGGUUAUACUAUUUUUUGUAAGGUUAGAUCACAGUCAAUCAUAAAAAGUCAAUUCCACAUUAGGGGAGAUUCGUCUCAACUGUUAAUCUGAAAGGUUAAUAAGGUUUUCGUCGUUGAAAACAAGUAAAUACUGCUCGAAUUACGGUGGUUAGACUCAAAAUACAUGUUUAGAACUACUAAAAUAAUAAAAACUGGAUUAGUAAACCAGUGAAAA